UCAAGGAAGCAGCAGCAGCUGGACAGUCGCGUUUUACUGAUGGACGCAUCUCAGUGAUCAUUGGGAGAACAGAGUCCAUGCUUUCUCAUCUUCGUGCUGCCAUACCAACCAUAUUCAUAGUGUGGAUCGCCAUGGCCCAGGUAGCUGGCCAGGAGGACAAAGAGAAAACUACUGCACUGAAAGAUUUGCUGUCAAGAAUAGACUUAGAUGAACUAAUGAAGAAAGAUGAGCCUCCUUUCACUUUCCCCAAAACACUGGAGGAGUUUGAAUAUGCCUUCAAUGAAUAUGGGCAGCUCAGGCAUAUAAAGACAGGAGAACCCUUUGUAUUCAAUGCCAGAGAAGAUCUCCACCGCUGGAACCAGAAACGAUAUGAAGCUCUUGGAGAGAUCAUCACUCAGUAUGUUUAUGAGCUGUUGGAGGAAAAGUGCAACAUGACUAAAGCAAUCCUGCCAGUAGACACCACAGACGAUGAGCCAACCAGUUUUAUCUACAUGAGCCCUGAUGCCUUGUCCAACCCAUCCAAGCUGCUGGUGCUGAUCCAGGGCAGCGGUGUGGUGCGGGCUGGUCAGUGGGCCCGCAGACUCAUCAUCAACCAGGACCUGGACUCAGGGACACAGAUUCCCUUCAUCACCAGAGCCAUGGAGGAGGGCUACAGCGUGAUGGUGCUCAACCCUAACGAGAACUACCUAGAAGUGGAGAAACCGUCCAAGUCCUCUCCUCUGCCCUCUCCGACCGAUCCCUUGGAUGAACCGGCUGAAAAGAGAGAACGUAAAGAUGACAAAGAGGGCAAGAAGAAAAGAGAAUUUUAUGAGAAGUACCGCAACCCUCAGAAGGAGACAGAGACUGAACGGAUCCCUAUACGGGAAAAUGGUUCUUCUGAGGAACACGUGCUAUACGUGUGGGACCACUUUGUGUCCAAAGCCGCAGCCAAGAAUGUCUUCAUCGUGGCCCACAGCUAUGGAGGGCUGUCUUUCGUUGAGCUGAUGAAUCAGAGGGAAAUGCAGGUGAAGAACAGAGUAUGUGCUGUGGCUCUGACUGACUCAGCUCACAACAUCUGGCUUCAGGAGACUAGCAAAGGCACACAGGAUUGGAUGCAGCAGCACUGUUGUAACUGGGUAUCGAGUCCAGAGCCCCUUGACACACCACUGGAUCCCAUGCUACCAGACUGCCCCCGAGUCUCUGCAGGUACAGAGAGGCACGAGUUGACUUCCUGGAUGAGUUUCAACUCCAUCUUCAGUUUCUUCAGUGAUGUCCUGGCAGCAAAAGAGGAUGAGGAGGCAGAGGAGACCUCCAACAUUGUCACCACACGCAGCAGUUCCCUCAAAAACAAACACCAAGAUUUGUAGAGGACCAACAACAAUGACUUGGAACAAGUGGAGAGGGAGGGGGCAUCAGAUGGGGGAGCUACAGAAAGGGAGGCCAAGGUUUCAGCUCCCUUCUGCUAUUUUUCUCUUUUAUUCUCUCCCUCCCUCAGUAACCUCCAUCUUUCUUUUCCCACUCUUUUCCCUGAGUGUCAUUUCUCCCUUCUGGCCCUCCUUGGCUGUGCGCACUCAUAGCCUCGUUGUUGUAAGAGACAAGAGUACAGGGUCACCAUGUAUACAUCACAAUAACGUUUUGCAUUACUUCUAGAUGAGCGCAACUGUCAAAGCAAUAUGGGCCUGAGUGUUAGCGCUUCCCGUGGGCUGUGGCCUGGCUGCGGGUACGGGCCACAGCAGCAGAGAUUAAGGCUGACAGGCGCUGUGCACAAUGCGCUGUGGUGCACCUCUAAUUGUCCUGACAUCAGCCUGAACUGAGCUAAUGCCCCGCCUGCCCUCCAGUCUGCACUGCUCAGUCUCUCCCUUCUCUCCCUCUUUCCCGCUGGUCCUAAAGCCUGGGCCACUGAAAUCAUGCUGUAUGGUAUCUUCUGCUAACCAUUAGAUAUCAUUUCAACCUGGUCAGUGCCCAUCUCCUUUUAUUUUUAGCCCUUACUCACCUCUUUUUUUUUUUUUUUUUUAACAAAAGUGAACUUGUACUCAUAACUGGUCAUCAUUUGCUUUGUUUUAAUGAAGGGUGCUUCUAUAACUUUCUGUAAUUCUCUAACUUCACUGCAUAAUGCAUUUUACUUUUAAACUUUUCUCAUUCACCUUUGUGUAAAAUAUGGUUCUAACAUGUGCCAUAUAUUUCUGGGUUUGCAAUGUUUAUAAUAAGAGAGAUCUUUUUCUAAUUUCUCAGCUUUGAGCUAAAUUUGAAUGCAUUGUUUCAUACACAUGAUCACACUAUUGGAUUUUUAAUAUUAAGCCAAUACUCCUCAGUGCUGUAAAUGUUUACUCUGGAAUAUCCCUGGGUAUGAUUUGCAAAAAUUGUGGAGAGUCCAGCUUUAUAUGUUUAUUAUAAUUUUUUUCCUUUCUUUUGAUAUCCUUGAAAUUGAUGUCUCCAGAUGAUUGAAUGUGAUAAAACAAAUAAAACAAACACAACCUGUGCUGAAUAUGGAAAAUCCAGGACACAGAGCAUAUUUAAAAUCACUUAAAGUCAAGCAUCAGAAUGGGUUUGAGGGAUAUCUCAUUUUAACAGGAGCCAGAAGUCAGCUCACAACACUCAUAAAGCCUCAAUAUAUCGCCUUACACAUGUCAGGAAAUCCAAGAUUUCAAUAUUAUUCUAAGCCUGAAUGAUAUUUCCUUAGAUGUCGGAGAAAUGUAACAUAUCUAUUUUUCCCAUUUUUUCCUUCCACUGAAGUACUUUUCUUGUGUACUUAGAAGUGACAAAGUCAGCUCUCUGCUCAGCUGCACGUAAUCUGACUAUGUGACACAAACAUGAUAAAAAAAAAUUUCCAUAAGGCUGGUGUGUUUUAUAAACCACUCAAGGCUUAAUGGAAUACAUUUCUAAUGUGUCAUGACAUUAGUAAAACCUCAAACCGGAUUCUAAAUCUUAUGAUACCUUAGACACAUUCUCAAAUAUGUACUUUUCUUUUUUUCCCCCACUUCAAAUAGUUACCAUUGUUUAACUUUUACACUGUGAAAUCCUGCCUCUCCCCUCACUGUGUGCAUGGUUUAAGGCUUUUGUGGAUUAUCUUUCUGCUGUAAUGAGACAACUGUAGCUGAUGGUUGCAGGCCUAAUUUCCUUUUAAUUUGAUUCAGAUCUCUCCAGGUUUCAGCAAAGAAGUUGGCUUAUUAUUUGAUUUGAUGAUUUUCGUUUCAAGAUACCAUUGCUCAUCUUCCUGCUUUUCAGCCACAAUCAGUUCAUUUUUCAUUCUAUAAUUUGUAUAUUGUUGCCUUAGGAAUAAACAAGACUCUGCUCACUGUUUUUAAUACUAUCCAGCAAGCCAUAUAUGAAUGGAACUAAAGAUGUAAGAGCAGCCUAAAUCCAAAGCACAGUCUGCAAAUGAAAGGGGACUAAUUUUG